AUGGAGGAGGUUGCACAGUGGGCAGCCAAUGUGGUUGACAAGAGAGGAGAAAUGGAGAAGAAAGUUGAGGCUGAAGAGAUAGAGAGGAGGAUUUCCUCUGAUCUAACCCGUGAGAUUUUGGACCUGGGAGGGUUAGACAAUAUCACAGAGAUGUGCAAAAGGAAGACCAAGAAGACCAAGAGAAAGUCCUCAUCCCAGGUGUAUGUGGAACUGCCUGUGGUAGGGCCGGUGGAUCCUGAAGACUUCAUGGAUGCAGCCAUCAAGGGCAAACUGAAAGUGGUAGAAAAGUAUCUGGCCGAUGGUGGGAACCCUAAUUUCCAUGAUGAGUUAAAAAGGACAGCACUACAUCGUGCUUCUAUUGAAGGACACUCUGCAAUUGUCCAAAUGCUUCUGGAGAAAGGAGCUGAUGUGCACUUCAAAGAUAAACUGGACUCCAUGGCCAUACACUGGGCUUGCAGAGGGGGAAGCCUGACAGUUGUUGCAGCUCUGAAGAACCACGGGGUAGACCUAAAUGUCAGGGAUAAGUUGUACAGCACUCCUCUGCAUGUGGCCACAAGGACAGGCCAGACUGACAUUGUGGAUUACCUUCUGUCCUCCGGUGUCAAAAUCAAUGCCAGGGACAGGGAAGGGGACACCGCUCUGCAUGAUGCAGUGCGGCUCAACAGAUAUAAGAUAGUGAAGCUGCUCGUAGUUGCGGGAGCAGACACAACAAUCAAGAAUCAUGAAGGAGUGACAGCGGUGGAGCAGGUAAAACAGUGGCAGUUUGACACUGUGGAAACCCUGGAGAGAUUGGAGCUGCUGAGGGAGGCGGGACUGGAGCCACCUGAGAUCAUUAUGUGCGAUGAUUAA